GGUAGGAAGCUUGCUUGAUCCCAGGAGUUGGGGCUACAGUGAGUCAUGAUCAUGCCACUGCACUUCAGCCUGGGCAACAGAACAAGACCCUGUCUCUAAACAAAAGCAAAAACACAGCUGAUCAAGACCUCCCUAAGUUAAACUGCAAUUUUAAAAUGCCGCAUCAGCAUUUCUUUAUAGAAAAGGAAAAGGGGAGCACAGCUGCAGGAAAAUGUAUGGUAGUUGGUAGAUGACUGAUGGUUUCUGCGUCCUCUAUAAAGCAGACAGUGAGGUCUCAUGCUGAGUAUGAGGAGAAAAGGGUGGAGGUAGGGGGUCUGAAAAGUGUGCAGAAGGUUUGAAAGCCCUGGGGGAAUAGAGACAGUAUGUUGUCCAGAGAAAUGGGCUUGGGUAUGGUGUGGAUGUUGAGCAAAUACUUGGAGAAUGAAGUUGGGAAUGAAUGAGAGCUUCCCAGGUGGGCCAGUCUAAGCAGACCACCUCAAGAGAAGACAAUGGGAUUUGGAGCAGGUCAGAGGAGAAAAGCUCAUGUGAAGAGCCUACUCCUCAGGAGGUGGAGUAUCCCUGGAAGGUGGUGUCUCUGAAGAAUCUGGGCUUGACUCCUGCAGCCCCUCAUGCAUUUCCUAUAAAACUCUUCAGAAGUGAACACCAUUCUCCCCAAAACCCUCACUGCCUGUCAGCAGAUGACCUUACCUACUCUUCACAGAAAAGAGGCGGCCAGAUAGGACCUCCACAUGCCUCCCCUCUCACUUCUAACUCAUCUGUGAAGACCCACCUCUUUGUCUGUCUCCUUCUCACUCAGGGCAAAGCUCCCACCAGGGUUCUCUAUCCUCUCCCUUCCAUUGCCUGGGACCUCGAGCCACCAGUCACCUCUUUCUUUUUUUUUUUUUUUUUUUUGAGACGGAGUCUUGCUCUGUUGCCCAGGCUGGAGUGCAAUGGCCUGAUCUCGGCUCACUGCAACCUCCGCCUCCUGGGUUCAAGCGAUUCUCCUGCCUCAGCAUCCCAAGUAGCUGCGACUACAGGCGCACACCGCCACGCCUGGUUAAUUUUUUUUUGUAUUUUAGUAGAGAUGGGGUUUCACCGUGUUGCCCAGGCUGGUCUUGAACUCCUGAGCUCAGGCAAUCCACCCAUCUUGGCCUCCCAAAGUGUUAGGAUUACAGGUGUGAGCCACUGCGCCCGGCCCAGUCACCUGUUUCUUCAGGAUUUUUAAUCUCUCUCUUCUUUGGCAUCUCCUUUCAGCAAGCAAGUUUCCUCAACUUAAAGCAUUAAAACAAUUUACCUCUUGUCCUAUCAUCCACCCAAGUGAUGCUCUAACUUUCUUCCCCUAACAAUAGACUUUUAAAACAAUAGUCUACAUUUGCUGUGUCCAGUUUCUCAAUGUCAUGCCCUCCUUAGCCACUUAUCCGACUUCUGCCCCUGCCAUUGUAUUUGAAACGGAAAUUGCCCUAUUCCCAUUCCUUCCUAAUUUUCAAAUGCAUUGCUCUUUGUAGCCCUAAGUAUUUGAUUACCCCUUCUUCUCAUAGCAGGAGUUUAUCUCCCUGGUUCUUUCUUGGUUCUUUCUUCAUCCCUGAUAAACUUCUCUGUGUCCAUCCCUUAAAUAUAAGUGAGGCCAGAAUUCUAUUUCUUUCUUGUUCCUCUCACCUCCUUUGGCAAGCUUACCUUCUCCCAGGGUGCCAAGUCCUGUUCAUGCGCUGAUUGACUCUCAAAUCCCCAGCUCCUCCCUCUGCCUCUCUCUUGAGCCCAGACCUGAUCUUCCAACUGCUUUCUAGAUGUUUCCAUGUAACUAUCCACUGUCCCAAACACCUCAUGUUUAGGAUGGCCCAAAAUGAGGUUCUUAUUGCCCCAGACUUCUAUACGUAAGUCUCAGUUACCGAUUGUUGGGUAACAACUCACCCCAAAACUUACUGCUUACUGGCUUAACACAGCAAUAAUUUCUCACAAUUCUGUGGGUUCAACUGGGACUGGAGCCUCCAAGAUGGCUUCACUCACACAUCUGGGGCCUUGGUGCUGGCUGUGGGCUGGGGCACCUGGCUUUUUCUCCCCAUGUGCACGCGCUUGCGCUGUCUCUCGCUUGGCUGUCGCGCGCGCUCUCUCUCUUUCUCUCUCUCUCUUUGAGCUCUUGUUAUUCAUUAGUGGAGUCCAAGCUUCUUUUCACAGUGGCUGGCUUCCAAGGGGGCAAAAGCAGAUGCCACCUGGCCUCCUGUGGCUUUGGCUGGAAUUGGUACAGUGACACUUCUGUUGCAUUCAUAUGAUCAGAGUAUAACACAAAGGCAGCCCAGAUUCACGGGAAGGAGAAGCGGACUGCUUUUUUUUGAUGGAUGGAGCAAGAGUCACUUAGAGGGAUGGAAAGAACUGUUGGCAGCCAUCUUUGUGCAGAUAAUCUACCAUGCUCUAUAUAAAUAGUUUUUUUUAACUCUUUUUUUUUUUUGAGAUGGAGUCUCCCUCUGUCACCCAGGCUGGAGUGCAAUGGAGCGAUUCAGCUCACUGCAAGCUCCGCCUCCCAGGUUCACCCCAUUCUCCUGCCUCAGCCUCCUGAGUAGCUGGGACUAUAGGCGCCUGCCACAACGCCCCGGCUAAUUUUUUGUAUUUUUAGUAGACACGGGGUUUCACCCUGUUAGCUAGGAUGGUCUCGAUCUCCUGACUUCGUGAUCCACCCACCUCGGCCUCCCAAAGUGCUGGGUUUACAGGUUCUGGCCACCAUGCCCGGCUAAUUUUUGUAUUUUUAGUAGAAAUGGGGUUUUGCCGUGUUGGCCAGGCAGGUCUCGAACUCCUGGCCUCAAGUGAUCUGCCCGCCUCGGCCUCCCAAAGUGCUGGGAUUACAGGCAUGAACCACCGCGUCCAGCCUGUUAACUCUUAUGUGGCAUUUGCUAUGUGCCAGGAAAUGGCUAUUUACAUGUUUUACCUCAUUGAAUCUUCACAGCAUCCCUGUGAUGUAAAUACUAUUAUUAUUCUCAUUUAACAGAUGAAGAACUGAAGUGAAGCUGACUUCCCCAGGCCUGAGAGCUAGCUAACUCGUAGAGCUAACAUUUGUACUUGAUCUUAGCCAAAAGGCCAAGAAGCAACUAGAGCUAAGAUUUGAAUGGAGGCAGUCUGGCUCCUGAGUUCAAGCUUCUGACACUGCCUGUGUAAUCAUGAGACUGCAUCUGACCAUGCUCACGACACCAAAUCCAUAGUCUUCCAAACGGGGGAUCAGAGUCAACCACGGCACCUCAUUCUCUCUCACUGGUCCACCCAGUUGACAAAUACUGUUAAUUCUCUCUGAUCUCUCUCUGUCUCUCUGGUCUGGCUCCCUCUCUUCAGGUUUGGCUCCUUCCUCAUCUUCUCCUCCCUGGGCUGUUGUUACAGUUUCCCAUCUGGUCUCGUUACCCUUGGGCUUCCCUGAAUCCCCCAGUUCUCUAUACUGCAGCCAGUUAUUGCCCUAAAAUGCAAGCCGAUUGUGUCACUUAAAACCUCUGCUGGCUCUCUAUUGUCUCAUACAGUUCAGACUCCUUAGUGUGAAUGCUGGGCCUCUUCCAUCUGGCCCGCGGUGUACCUCACCAGCCUCAUGUCCCACCAGCGCCCUACUCCAGCCACACCAAGGUCUGCUGUCACCCAGCAUACUGUGUCUGUUCACUUCCAUGUAUUCGUGCUGCACUUUUUAAGGCACUUUGCCAGAUGGUGCAGGUGUGUUGGUGAACACACAGACGGAGCUCCCUCAGAGCUCAGAAGCUAAGUAAGAGAUACAGAUAAUUACAAUGUGGUGUGAUUUACACUACAGUGGAAAUCUUGAGUGCUGAAAUUAUACAGAGUAACCUAUCUCAGACCAGGAGAAUCAGGAGUAAAUUUUGGGAAAUAUAAGCUGGGUUCUUAUGAUGGAGUGGGGUCCAAAAAAAAAAAGAAAAAAGAAUUGAGUGGCAUCUAUCCAGGUGAAGGGUGAAAGCAGAGUCACGUGUUCAUUCUUUCUUUCUGCAGGUAUUUAUGGAGUACCCACUAUGUUCUAGGCACUUUUCUAGGUGUUGGGACUACAGCAGUGAACGAGAGAGACCAAAAAGUCUCUGCCUUAUGGCCAGGAAGCUAGGAGAGCUCCAGUGCUUCCAGCAACAGACAGGUCAUGUGCAACAAACCUGGACAUGAGACAGAGACGUGUCAGGCUAAAGCAAUGUUCUCAACCCUGGCUGCACAUUGAUGUCUCAUGGAGGCUUUACAGCAUCCUAAUGCCCCUUGAGUAAAUCUGAGUCUCUGGGAGUGGGGCCUUGGCAUCAGUAUUUCUUAAAGCUCCCCAGGUGGUUCUCAUGGGCAACCAGGGUUAUAAGCCACUGUGUCAGGAACUGAAGCACUUCAAAGCUGGAAGUGGAGAUCAGAGCUGAGGUUAGAGAGGUGAGCAGGGGCCAGCCCACCAAGGGCUUUGUAAAUCCUGUUAGGAAGUUUCAGCUUAAUCUUGAAGGCACUGGAGCUGCCAAAGGGCUUAAGCAGGAUGUUGAGAGCAUCACAUUAUUGUUCCUUUUUUUCCCCCUUUAACAAAGAAUCAGUCUGGAUGCUCUGUGUGAAGUGGAUUUACAUGGACAAAAAUAAACAGAUGUUAGUUUGGAGGCCGUUGCAGGAGCCAAAGAGAAAUGGCAUUGGGCUGCAGUGAUGGGAGUAAGGAUAGAGGAAAGAAGGGGGAGUGUCUGAGAGAUUUGGAAGGAGACUAGACAGGACUCAGUGAUUAACUGGAAGCAAGAGUUGUAGAAGGUUCCAGUCUGUGGAACUGGGUCUGUGGUGAUCUUGGUGCCUGACAGAGUGAACCUGGAGGAGAAGGUUUGGAGAGAGUUGGUAGGUCCCUUUACACAUGCUGCUUGCUCCUGGGUUCCUCUGUGAUCCUAUGCCUCAUCUUCUCUGCAUAACAAGGCACUUGCCUCCUACAAGAUCUGUUUUAUAAAUUCUUCCUCUUCGGGGAAGCCUAUCUGGGUUUCGCCCUCUGUUGGUUCUGGUUAGAUGAUUAUCAGUGUGUGAAGUCAGUAUCUGUUUACAGGUAUCCCUUCUGCAGCUUGAGCUUCUCCAAGCAGGGAUGUGUUUUAUUCCACGCUGUGUCCCUCACGCAGUGCCUGGGACACAGGAGGUACACAGUAAGUGCUUGUUAAAGAGAUGAUUUAUGGCCAGGUGUGGUGGCUUAACCCUGUAAGCCCAGCACUCUGGGCGGGUGGAUCACCUGAGGUCAGGAGUUCGAGACCAGCCUGACUAACAUGGUGAAACCCCGUCUGUACUAAAAAUGCAAAAAUUAGCCAGGCAUGAUGGUGCACACCUGUAAUCCCAGCUACUCAGGAGGCUGAGGCAGGAGAAUCACUUGAACCCGGGAGGCAGAGGUUAUGGUGAGCCAAGAUUGUGCCAUUACACUCCAGCCUGGACAACAAGAGUGAAACUCUGUCUCGAAAAAAAAAAAAAAAAUAGAUGAUUUAUGGAUGAAGAGCUCAACCUUCUCCUAGGACUGUGAUUAGAAGUGGGUCAGGGGGCUGGGCGCAGUGGCUCAUGCCUGUAAUCCCAGCAAUUUGGGAGGCCAAGGCGGGUGGAUCAUCUGAGGUUGGGAGUUUGAGACCAGCCUAAAAAUACAAAAUUAAGGCUAGGCGCGGUGGCUCAAGCCUGUAAUCCCAGCACUUUGGGAAGCCGAGGCGGGCGGAUCACGAGAUCAGGAGAUCAAGACCAUUCUGGCCAACAUGGUGAAACCCUGUCUCUACUAAAAAUACAAAAAUUAGCUGGGCCUGGUGGCGCAUGCCUGUAGUCCCAGCUACUCGGGAGGCUGAGGGAGGAGAAUUGCUUGAACCCGGGAGGCGGAGCUUGCAGUGAGCCGAGAUUGUGCCACUGCACUCCAGCCUGCCGACAGAGCAAGACUCCGUCUCAAAAAAAAAAAAAAAAAAUUGCAACAUUAGCCGGGCGUGGUGGUGCAUGCCUGUAAUCCCAGCUACUCUAGAGGCUGAGGCAGAAGAAUCACUUGAACCCGGGAGGCGGAGGUUGUGGUGAGCUGAGAUUGCGCCAUUGCACUCCAGCCUGGGUAACAAGAGCAAAACUCCAUCUCAAAAAAAAAAAAAAAAAAAAAAAAAAAAAAAAAUUGGGAGGCCGAGGCGGGCGGAUCACCUGAGGUCAGGAAUUCGAGACCAGCCUGACCAACAUGGAGAAACCCCAUCUCUACUACAAAAAAAAAAAAAAAAGAAGUGGGUCAGGGGACUUGUUCUCAUUUCUAGAGUAAGGAACAGAAGGAGUCCAGGGGCAAGGGAUAUUUGCUGAGCUGAUCAGAAAAGAGUCCUAAUUAAAGAGGUAGGUGCCUUAGCUGUUGACUCUAAGAUAGAGUAAUAUAUUGUCUGUCAGCUGUAUAAAUUGCCUUUUGAAUGUGGUUUCAACAUUAUUAUUACUAUUAUUAGAGGCAAGGUCUUGCUAUGUUGCCCAGCCAGGCUGGUCUUGAACUCCUGGGCUCAAGCAAUCUGCUCAUCUCAGCCUCCCAAAGAACUGGGAUUACAGGCAUGAGCCGCUGUGUCCGACUUGUUUUAAAUUACUUUCUUGUCAAAAGGUACAUAAGACCAGGCUUGGGGCUCCCAUCUAUAAUCCCAGCAAUUUGGGAGGCAGAGGCAGGUGGAUCACUUGACGCCAGGAGUUGGAGACCAGCCUGGCCAACAUGGCAAAACGCGAUCUCUACUAAAAGUGCUAAAAUUAGCUGGGCAUGGCGGCCGGCGCCUGUAAUCCCAGCUACCUGGGAGGCUGAGGCACGAGAAUUGCUUGAACCUGGGAGGUAGAGGUUGCAGUCAGCGGAGAUCACGCCACUGCAUUUCAGCCUGGGCGAUAGAGCGAGACUCUGUCUCAAAUAAAAAAAAAAGGCACUUAAAUCUCUUAAAACUUUUCUGCACCUGUUCUCUCAUGUCUCUUCCUAUCAGUGAGAUGUAGUGGUGCUAAUAAGUGAACAGAUCUGAGUUUAAAUUCUGAUUAGUUGAUAGGGCACACUGGCUCACGCCUGUAAUCCCAGCAGUUUGGGAGGCUGAGGCUGGCAGAUCACCUGAGGCCAGGAGUUCGAGACCAGCCUGGCCAACAUGGUGAAACCCCAUCUCUACUAAAAAUAGAAAAAUUAGCUGGGCAUGGUGGCACGCACCUGUAAUCCCAGCUACUUGGGAGGUGGAGGCUAGAGGAUCACUUGAACUUGGGAGGCGGAGGUUGCAGUGAACCGAGGUUGCACCACUGCACUCCAGCCUGGGCAGCAGAGCUGGAGUGCAAUAAAUAAAUAAAUAAAUAAAUAAAUAAAUUCUGAUUAGUUGUGCGAUACUAGCUGUGUGACAUUGGACAUGAUAUUUAACCUCUCUGAGCUUGGUUUCUUUCAACUACAAAGUGUAGAUAAAGAAAUAUAUACUUCUUUCAUCUGUUGCAUGAGAUAAUUUUAAAAAAGAAAGAAAUAUUUACUUCUUGGCUGGGCACAGUGGCUCAUACUUGUAGUCCCAGAACUUUGGGAGGCUGAGGCAGGAGAUCACUUGAGCCCAGGAGUUCAAGACCAGCCUGGACAACGUGGUGAGACCCUGCCAUCUCUAUAAAAAAUACCAAAAAAAUAGCGAGACAUGGUGGCACAGGCCUGUAGUCCUAGCUACACAGAAGGCUGAGAUGGGAGGAUGACUUGAGCCCAAGAGGUCGAGGCUUCAGCGAGCCAUGUUUGCACCACUGCACUCCAUCCUGGGUGACCUUGUCUCAAAAAAAAAAAAAAGAAAAAAGAAAUACAUACUUCUUUCAGGAUUAUCGUGAUGUUAAAUAAAGUGCUUACGGUAUGGAAAAGUACCAAGUAUUGGGCCAGGCCUACAGUAGCUCCUCAAAAAUGCCAGGUCCUUCUGUCUUCCAGUCACCACGACCUUUUAUACUUUUGUUCUUUUGCAGUUCCCAGUCCUUAAGGUCAGUGGUGGAGCCGAAUUUGCUUCGUACUGUAUGACUUUCUUGGAAAGGGCCCUUUAUUGAGUCCCUUAUGAAUAGGUCUCUGGCCUUUCUGCAAUGCUGGGGAAUAGUUGGGCAGAAUUUACAUGUAAAUAAUGCCAGGAAAAAACAAAACAAAACAAAAAGGCCCUAAAGAAUCCUAGAAAGACAGAGCUGGGCAAACCCUGAGGGUUCCUUUAAUGCCAGGACAAAAUUUAACUGGCUUGUAAUGAAAGGAAAAGAUAAAGAUAUAUAGUGAUUUUUGAAUGACAGUUUUAAAAACUUUUUUUCAAGUAUUUCUUUUAUGAAAGCUUCGCUAUCUGUGAAAUCUUCACUUUUGGGAACCACUAAUCUAAUCUUAUCUCACUUUACAGAUAAGGGCAUGUAAAACACUUGUGUGUUAUGUAAUAUUAAUGGUAUAUGAGGUGUCUUCACAAAGGCUAAGUAUUUAACUGUAAGUUCCUGGAGGGAUGUGGUUGUGUCUCCUAUUUUUUACACCCCAUAAUCACAGUUUAUGGCAUCAUGCCUGGCAUGUGAGGCACCCAAUAAUUAUCUAGCUGAGUGUGGUAGACACACCUAUAAUCCCAGCACUUUGGGAGCCAAGACGGGAGGAUUCCUUGAGCCUAGGAGUUCAAGACCAGCCUAGGCAACAAUGAUACUUCGUCUCUACUAACAGUAAAAUAACUUAAGCCGGGUGUGGUGGUACACGCCUGUAGUCCCAGCUACUCAGGUGGCUGAGGCAGAGGAUUGCUUGAGCCUGGGAGGUCAAGGCUGCUGUGAGCCGUGAUCAUACCCACUGCACUCCAGCUUGGGUAACAGAGUGAAACUCUGUCUCAAAAAAAAAAAAAAAAAAAAUCUAUUGAAUGAAUAAAUGAAAUAGCCUGGCACUCUAGAACCUUAGAUUGUAGUGAUAUUUAUUCUUACGGAUAGAGCUAGUAAACUCUGCAAGGGAGCCUCUGCCCUUUAUUGCCCAGUAGAACAGAUUCUCUGGGUGAAUGAGCCCAAAGAUCAAACAGAUCAAGCAUUUGCAAGAAAAGAUAAUCCAAUAACCUGAAUCAUAGCAGGAACCACGAGGUACUUCACUUACAUGAUCUUAUUUAAUCUUCAUGGUAAUCUUGCCAGGAGGGUAAUCAUUUGAAGCAAGAACAGGUUUAAGAUUUCUUAAAAGACACAGAUAUAAGUCUUUAAUACAGAUUGGGAAGAGGAUUACUUUUCCUGUCUCGGGCUCUUCUUCAGGAUAAAGGAUAAAGAUUUUGAGAUCGUUUAAAAGCUUUUAUAUAAAUGCUCAUUCAUUGAGUUCAAAUACUUUUAAAAUGUCCUGGCAGUUGAAAGUUAAAUAAGAAGCAAAAAAUUAUUCUUCUGCCUAGAAUUUUUAAGGUUAUCUUCUUUAGGUAGGAUUUUAUUGUUUGCUAUGAUGUGCUGCUUUUCUUGAAAUACUACAAACCAGUGUUUUCAGCUGGGUGCGGUGGGUCACACCUGUAAUCUCAGCACUUUGGGAGGCUAAGGCAAGCGGAUCACUUGAGGUCAGGAGUUCAAGACCAGCCUGGCUGACAUGGUGAAACCCCAUCUCUACUAAAAAUAUAAAAAUUAGCUGGGCAUGGUGGCAUGUGCCUGUAAUCCCAGGUACUUAGGAGGCUAAGGCAAGAGAAAUCACUUCAAGCCGGGAGGUGGAGGUUGCGGUGAGCCAAGAUCACGCCACUGUACUCCAACCUGAGCAACAGAGUGAGACUCUGUCUCAAAAAACAAAACAAAACAAAAAACAAAACAAAAAAAACAAGUGUUUUCAAAAUGCAGGUACCAAGCCAGUAAGGUCAGGAAAUGCAUUUAGUGCAUUGAAAAAAAAAAAAGACAAAAGAAAAUAGCAUAUUAAAUGUCUGCCGAGGCUGGGCACAGUGACUCACACCUGUAAUCCCAGCACUUUGGGAGGCCGAGGCGGGCGGAUCACCUGAGGUCAGGAGUUCAAGACCAGCCUGGCCAACAUGGUGAAACCCCGUCUCUACUAAAAAUACAAAAAUUAGCCGGGUGUGGCGGCACGCGCCUGUUGUCCCAGCUACUCGGGAGGCUGAGGCAGGAGAAUCACUUGAACCUGGGAGGCAGAGGUUGCAGUGAGCCAAGAUCACGCCACUGUACUCCAGCCUGGGCGACAGAGCAAGACUUUGUCUCCAAAAAAAAACCAAAAAUGUCUGUCGGGCACAGUGGCCCACACCUGUAAUCCCAGCACUUUGGGAGGCAGAGGUGGGUGGGAGGAUUGCUUGAGCCUAGGAGUUCAAGACCAGCCUAGGCAACAUGGCGUAACUUCGUCUCCACAAAAAUAAAAAAAAUUAGCCAGGUGUGGUGGCACGUGCCGGUAGUCCCAGCUACUCCAGAGGCUGAAGCUGGAGGAUCAUCUGAGCCUGGGAAGUUGAGGCUGCAGUGAGCCAUGAUUACACCUGGGCAGCAGAGUGAGACACUGUCUUAAAAAAAAAAGAGUUUUGUGUUGCAUAUAUAGAUUUAUAUUAUGUAACUAUAUUCUAUAUAUACACAUACACAACUUGAGAGAUAGGAUGUAUUUCUUUUUAUAGGUUAUGGGUUUUUUUUGUUUUGUUUUUUUUGUUUGUUUUUUUUUGAGACAGAGUCUUGCUUUGUCACCCAGGCUGGAAUGCAGUGGUGCGAUCCCAGCUCACUGCAAGCUCUGCCUCCCAGGUUCAUGCCAUUCUCCUGCCUCAGCCUCCCGAGUAGCUGGGACUACAGGCAUGUGCCACCACACCUGGCUAAGUUUUUGUAUUUUUAGUAGAGACGGGAUUUUACCAUAUUAGCCAGGAUGAUCUUGAUCUGACCUCGUGAUCCGCCCGCCUCAGCCUCCCAAAGUGCUGGGAUUACAGGCAUGAGCCACUGCACCCAGCCUAGGUUAUGUUUUAAAAAUGUUAGAAAAACAGUUUUGUGAAUAAAUGAUGCCUUAAGGGCACUUUAUGGGGCUCAAAAGUGUUUGUUGAAUUAGAUAAAGAGCUGUCUUUGUGUCAUUACAAUGCUGUAGCAAUAAGGAACUAUGCAUGCUGAGCCAACUCCUGUAAAAUGUCUUGUCAAGUGAGAACCUAUUUGUGCUGCAGAGACUUUUCCCUUCUGUAGUUGGUAAUAAUAAUGAAAGUUUGCUUUUACAAAGUAACUAUUAAAAAGUUGCAUUAUUAUUGCUAAACAGUGAAAGAAGCCGAUUUGGAGGAGGGAACAAUGGCAGGAAACAUUUAGGAAUGUGAAUGUGUAACAGGGCUAUGUUGCAAGGGAUUUGUAGCUCUGACAAUUGGGAGUUCUCUCUGGGAGAGAUCCCAGUGGUCCAUGACAUGUAGUAAUUUGAAAUUUGUUGAGGUGCAAAUUCAAGUACAUCCUAGGAGGCUUGUAGGGAGGGAGACAGUCAUUGAGCUAGUGAGCAAGCCACGCCCCCUGCUCCAUGUAUGUGUUCAAACAUGGCAUGCUAUUUUUUUCUGUUCUUUGUCUUCACAGCAUAAUUCCCUUCAGGUAAUAGAAACUCUUCAUCUGAAGAAUGAUGAUGAAGUGAAAGGUGAAGCUUGAGUGAAACGUGUGAUGCAAACAUAAGCCAAGGAAGAUAUAGGCUCUUGAUAAAGGUGUGAUUUCCCCAGAAAGCCAGAGCCACUACGGGACUUCAUGUAUCGUACAAGUGGACGAUUCCUGGUGCUCUCUUGUUGGUAGCUCUACAGGCUGUCAGGGAUCAAGGCUGCUUUUUUUUUAAGAACCUGUAGGGGCGAGAACCGAAGUUUGGAGGUAGACGAGCAGGCGAGCGGUUUGCCCGGGCGCAGAGCAUGAAGGCCGGGCGGGCGCGGGGAGCGGGCGCCCGCCGCCCGGCGCGGGGGUGAGCGAGAGAGAGAGCGGAGCGCGUGUGGCCGGCGCCGCUCGGCCGGGAGCUCCCGCGCUCGCGCCCCGCGCCCCGCGCCCGCCGCCGCCGCCGCCGCCGCCGCCCCUGUUGCGAUGGCGCAGAAACCCCGUUGACAAGGCACUGCUUUUUCAUGACGCAAAACGUCAUAUUAUUUCACAAAAAGCCCAGCGAUUUCACCUGAAGAAGCUUGGGAACUCCUGCCAAAAAUUGUAGCACUUCUCACAUUGCAAUGUUGUCAUGGAUGAUGAUGAUGACUCGUGUCUCCUUGAUCUUAUUGGAGACCCACAAGCAUUGAACUAUUUUCUACAUGGACCUAGUAAUAAAUCUAGCAAUGAUGACUUAACUAAUGCAGGAUAUUCUGCAGCCAAUUCAAAUUCAAUUUUCGCCAACUCUAGUAAUGCUGAUCCUAAGUCGUCCCUCAAAGGUGUAAGCAACCAGCUUGGAGAAGGGCCCAGUGAUGGACUGCCACUUUCAAGUAGCCUCCAGUUUCUUGAAGAUGAACUCGAGUCUUCUCCUCUUCCUGAUCUCACUGAGGACCAACCUUUUGACAUUCUUCAGAAAUCCUUGCAAGAGGCCAAUAUCACUGAACAGACAUUGGCAGAAGAGGCAUAUCUGGAUGCCAGUAUAGGUUCAAGCCAACAGUUUGCACAAGCUCAGCUUCAUCCUUCUUCAUCAGCUUCCUUUACUCAGGCUUCUAAUGUUUCUAAUUACUCAGGUCAGACGCUGCAGCCUAUAGGGGUGACGCAUGUGCCUGUUGGAGCAUCGUUCGCAAGCAAUACAGUGGGUGUACAACAUGGCUUUAUGCAACAUGUGGGGAUCAGUGUUCCCAGCCAGCAUUUGUCUAAUAGCAGUCAGAUUAGUGGUUCUGGUCAAAUACAAUUAAUUGGAUCAUUUGGUAAUCAUCCUUCCAUGAUGACUAUUAAUAACCUAGAUGGAUCUCAAAUCAUAUUAAAGGGCAGCGGGCAGCAAGCCCCAUCAAAUGUGAGUGGAGGGCUCCUGGUUCAUAGACAGACUCCUAAUGGCAACUCCUUGUUUGGGAACUCCAGUUCCAGUCCAGUAGCACAGCCUGUUACUGUUCCAUUUAACAGCACAAAUUUUCAAACAUCUUUACCUGUGCAUAACAUCAUCAUACAAAGGGGUCUUGCACCAAAUUCAAAUAAAGUCCCAAUUAAUAUACAGCCAAAGCCUAUCCAGAUGGGUCAGCAAAAUACAUACAAUGUGAACAAUUUGGGAAUUCAGCAGCACCACGUACAACAAGGGAUCUCCUUUGCUUCUGCAAGCUCACCCCAGGGCUCAGUAGUUGGUCCACACAUGUCUGUGAACAUUGUAAACCAACAGAACACAAGAAAGCCAGUCACCUCACAGGCAGUGAGCAGCACUGGGGGCAGUAUUGUUAUUCAUUCCCCCAUGGGCCAACCUCACGCACCCCAAAGUCAGUUCCUCAUACCUACAAGCCUUUCUGUCAGUUCCAACUCGGUACACCAUGUCCAGACUAUAAAUGGGCAACUUCUUCAGACUCAACCCUCUCAGCUCAUUUCUGGCCAAGUGGCCUCAGAGCAUGUCAUGUUGAACAGAAACUCUUCCAACAUGCUCAGGACCAACCAACCAUAUUCUGGACAGAUGCUGAACAACCAGAAUACUGCCGUCCACUUAGUGUCUGGGCAGACAUUUGCUGCCUCUGGAAGUCCAGUGAUAGCCAAUCAUGCCUCUCCUCAGCUUGUGGGUGGACAGAUGCCCUUGCAGCAGGCGUCCCCAACCGUAUUACACCUGUCACCUGGGCAGAGCAGCGUUUCCCAAGGAAGACCUGGCUUCACCACCAUGCCCUCGGUGACAAGCAUGUCAGGACCUAGUCGAUUCCCUGCUGUCAGCUCAGCCAGCACCGCCCAUCCUAGUCUUGGGUCUGCAGUUCAGUCUGGUUCAUCAGGAUCAAACUUUACAGGAGAUCAGCUGACCCAGCCGAACAGGACUCCAGUACCAGUCAGUGUGUCUCAUCGUCUUCCAGUUUCUUCUUCCAAGUCUACCAGCACCUUCAGUAACACACCUGGAGCAGGAACCCAGCAACAAUUCUUCUGCCAGGCUCAGAAAAAAUGUCUGAAUCAGACUUCCCCCAUUUCUGCUCCCAAGACCACAGACGGCCUGAGGCAAGCACAGAUCCCUGGGCUCUUGAGCACCACACUGCCAGGGCAGGAUUCUGGAAGCAAAGUUAUAUCCGCGUCCUUAGGAACCGCACAACCACAGCAGGAAAAAGUAGUUGGAUCAUCUCCUGGCCAUCCAGCUGUGCAGGUGGAUAGUCAUUCGGGAGGACAAAAAAGGCCUGCUGCAAAACAGCUAACUAAAGGAGCUUUCAUUCUCCAGCAGUUGCAGAGGGACCAAGCCCACACUGUGACACCGGACAAAAGUCACUUCCGAUCACUAAGUGAUGCGGUACAGAGACUGCUCUCCUAUCAUGUGUGCCAGGGCUCCAUGCCCACUGAAGAAGACUUGAGAAAAGUGGACAAUGAAUUUGAGACAGUUGCCACUCAGCUCCUAAAAAGGACCCAAGCUAUGCUUAACAAAUACAGAUGCCUGCUCCUAGAAGAUGCCAUGCGAAUCAAUCCCUCUGCUGAGAUGGUGAUGAUCGACAGGAUGUUCAACCAGGAGGAAAGAGCUUCCCUAUCCCGAGACAAGCGCCUGGCACUUGUAGACCCUGAGGGUUUUCAGGCUGAUUUCUGUUGUUCCUUCAAACUUGAUAAAGCUGCUCAUGAGACACAGUUUGGCCGGAGUGACCAGCAUGGCAGUAAAGCAAGCAGCUCUCCGCAUCCGCCGGCCAGGGCCCAAGGCAGAGACCGAGCCAAAACCGGUGUGACGGAACCCAUGAAUCAUGACCAGUUUCAUCUAGUGCCUAAUCACAUCGUGGUCUCUGCAGAAGGAAACAUUUCUAAAAAAACAGAAUGCCUUGGCAGAGCACUGAAAUUUGACAAAGUGGGCUUAGUGCAGUACCAGAGCACGUCUGAAGAGAAGGCCAGCCGGAGAGAGCCUCUGAAGGCCAGUGAGUGCUCUCCCGGCCCUGAGGGGCACCGGAAAACCUCAUCCAGAUCAGAUCAUGGUACUGAGAGCAAACUCUCAAGCAUCCUAGCAGAUUCGCACCUGGAGAUGACGUGUAACAAUUCCUUCCAGGACAAAAGUCUGAGGAAUUCUCCAAAGAAUGAAGUUUUACACACAGACAUCAUGAAAGGGUCAGGCGAGCCCCAGCCAGAUCUCCAGCUGACAAAGAGCUUGGAAACCACAUUUAAGAACAUCUUGGAACUCAAAAAGGUGGGACGGCAGCCCCAGAGUGACCCCACGGUUAGCGGCUCUGUUGAGUUAGAUUUCCCCAACUUUUCUCCUAUGGCUUCACAGGAAAACUGCCUGGAAAAGUUCAUCCCGGACCACAGUGAAGGUGUUGUAGAAACUGACUCCAUUUUAGAAGCAGCUGUAAAUAGUAUCCUAGAGUGUUAAUAGCAGCAGUCCUCCCCCUAUCCCACCCUGAGACCCCACCCUGAGACUCCGCCCCAGACCAGUUACAUUCGUCCCUGGCAAAAGCAAAUGGAAAUGGUCUCCUGUCUCCAGCCUGCUUGAUCUUUCAUCACAGGUUAUUCUUUCUAAUCUCAAUCCUGUUCUUUGUUUAAGAGCAAUACUUGUCGUGAUUACAGGGAGAUCCUUUAGUAAAAUUAAUCCUUGGUAGAAAGCAGUCUCAUAGGCCCCACUCAUUUCAAGUGUUAUGAAAGUGCUUAUAGUCAUUUUGUUUAUUUGUUUUGUUUUUUAAAAACGCUGUAACUCAAUGAGACCACAGUAUACUUGGCCCUUGGUAAAAUUGUGACAAUCCUAAGUCAUUUGAAAAGAACAGACUUACUAAAAUCAAACAAGACAGAUAGAAGCUACUUUUUAAAGAAUAUCCCACUGCAUCUCCAAAUUUAGUUUUGGGUUUUUUUAUUAUUAUUAUUUUGAGGUUUUUUGUGUGUGUUUUGUUGUUGUUUUUGAGGGGAAGACCACAUGGUUCUUUCCCCUCAGCCAUCUUUGAGAGUAAAUUGCUGGCUGUGCUGCCAGGGACCUGCAGCCCUGGUGGAAAAGCCAGUAGCACAUACGCAGGACAUUGCAGGGCUUCCCUGUUGAUGUUUCAAGUGCUUUUCUGAUGCCUCCGGAGCAAAACCUCAUGCUUUUAGGCAUAUCUAUGUUGAAUUUCACCUAGGGAAUGUUCUGUUCUUAGUUACAGCAGCAAAAUUUGAAAUAAUUUCACCAGGCUAAAUAAAGGAAAAUGGAAACCAGUUAAGAGGCACAGUGUACAGAGGAGGCCGGGAUAGAGCCAUGAGGGUUAUAAUAUUAAUAUGUAUAUAUGUAAAAGCAUAUAUAUUGAGAAAAAACAAGUUUUGCAUUUUAUAAUUGGAUAUAGUCAACAUAUGAUGUAUGUUUUUGUUUGUUGCUGGAUUUUGUUUCAUUUAACCUCUCUUUGCACCCUCUCCCACAACAAAUACCAAGCAUCAAAAGCACUUUCAUUUGAAAAUUAUUAAGUUGUAAUUUUUCAGUUUAAACUUUAAGGAGACUCUGGCCUUGUUUAUGCUUGUUGUCUGAGAACAGUAGUGACCCCUGGCAGCAAUUCAUUACCAAAACACAGACAAACCAAAGGUAACCAGCUAGCCCACCACUGAAAGGAAAGAUCUGAGACAUGGGAUUCCCAUUUGACAGCCAAAGGCUAUGCCCUGUCACGGUUUCUGUUUGGCCUGUGUUCAUAUUAGUGAGCAUGGCUUAUUGCUUUAUUUAUUUUUAUUUCUUGUCAGGGAGUAUUCUCCGUUUUCCUUUCUCGUAUACCUGCCCCAGGUUAUCCCAUUUCUGUUGUUACCUUUAUUCUCCAUGUCAUUGUAACCAUCACUUAUCUCCUCUCCUUGGGAAAGCUACAUGAUAGUAUCUUUAUGCACUCUUCUCCCACACAUACACACGUGCAUGUAUCUGAGCUGCUCGGAUCCAGAGGUCAUUUUUGUUACAGUGUGUGCACACUCACUCUCCUUCUUAGUGUGCGUACUCUCUCGUUUAUUCUGUUUAUCUCCCUGGCUCUGGAGGUGCAGCCACUGGUCUUCACUUUAAUGUGUUGCCAGAAUCUGCUUCUGGCUGUCGCCAGCAUGGGGAUGACCCCCAUUGUCAUCAUGUUGGGCAUUUCCUUUCCAGAUUGGCCUGUGAUGGAAAGGAAGGCUUCUGAUUAGAAAACACAGCAACAGAAGACCUAUACCCCGGUGUCCCUGUGUCCCACUACACACAAAAAAAACCUGUGAGAUGGCCAAUCUUCAUAAUAGCAACGUACCUUCACCCCAACCACAUGCCCCAGCCAAUACAAAUUGGAAAAUCUGGGCCAUUUUAGGGUUACCAUUUUUUCCUUAUUUGUGCCAAUGUCCAAGUUGCAGAUUUCCCCUUUUUCCUGUAUUGUAACAUAUUAGAUAAGUUGGUGUUGCCAGUUGGUACUUUCUGUUUGGGUAGCCCUAGGGUAACGCCGUGCCCUGAACUCCAUGAUUUCAUAGGCUUUUCUUCCCUUGGGGCUCAUGCUCCCCUAAUUCCUAGCAAGAUGAUCCUUCCUAAUCAAAUUCUUCUCAUUGCGGAACUUUAUCCCUGGAAGCCUUCAUAUGGGCUGCUAGUGAGUUACAUUAAUUACUGCAAAUCAGUGGAAUUCUCAAGAGACAAGAUAAGCUUCAUGUACAUUUGUCACCUCUCUUUCUUCCCUAUCCUGCCCUGCUGUCCCAAUCCUAGCUUUUCUAUAUACCAUCUUAAAGGGUUUUUAAGCCCUAACACUUGUCUAGCAAAUGGAGAGCCUAAUUUACCAAAAUGAAACUUGUAAAUUUUUGUGUCAUUGUAUGUAAGUUUACUUUUUAUGGAGGAAAGAUUCUAGAUAAUGACAAAUGAAGAUUGUGACAUGUAUUCUACUCCUGUGAUUAGGUUCUGCGCACAUGGGUCAUAACUCGCAUGUCGAGCCCCCUCUGGUGAAGGGUAGGAGAGCUCAGCCUCGGAUGGCCAGCAUUCAGUUGUUCAGGUUCAUUAGUCAAAGUUAAGUUUUAGAACUGUUUGUACUCAGUAACAAAAAUCAUUUUCUUUCUUUUUUUUUUUCUGUUGUUGUGGAAAAGUGUGAAUUUGUUAUUAAGCAUUUGAUUUUCUGUGUCCUUAAGUACUUCCUAAAGAUGAAGCAAAAUUUUAAUCUGGCAAUUAUGAAAAAGAAAUAUUUUAGCUCUGAAGGAUUUAGUAGAUUCUGUUAGAUUAGGGAGGCCUUACAGACUGACUUUACUUAAAGAGGACGCGUCACUCGCUGUCAGUGUGGUGUGGGCUUUAUUUGCUUAAAUACCUUCAUUUGUAUAGUAUGUCUCAUUUGAAAUUGCUUUGUAUACAUUUUGUAAAAAUAUUUAUAAAAUGUUUUGUAAAAAAAAAAAACUAUAACAAAUUGCAGUUUAUUUUGUUAUGUUGGAUAAAUACUGUUAAAAGAAACCAGUCAGUAACUAUAUUGUUAAUCCAUGGUUAGGAAAUGUUUAGUUGGAGAUUACAAAUUGAAACAACCAUUGCAAUACAGCCAAAGAUUUGGGAAAA